AUGACAUUGCCCCGCUGCCACCCUGCACCCGACGGCUUCGCCCAGCUGCAUCCCUAUGGCCCUAAUGAGCUAGCCCUCAUUGCAUGCACCUGGUCACGGGUGCAUCGGGGACAGGGGUGUGCGUGCUUACAGAGUGCUGUGGAUGGUGACACAGGCAGCAAAACUUUCUCCAGUCCCAUCUCAUCCCCUGCAAACACUGGGAGGGAGCAGUCAGUUUUUUCCCUUCUCCUCUCAGAUGUGGACGACAGGCUGAUAACCGAGCCCCUUGGCCACCCUGACUUCUUCAACGUGAAGGAGCUCUUCUCCCUGAAAGAUCUCUUCGAUGCCCGAGUGCACUUGGGGCACAAAAAGGGAUGCCGGCAUAGGUUCAUGGAGCCCUACAUCUUCGGCUGCCGCCUCGGUCAGGACAUCAUCGACUUGGAUCAGACCAUGCAGCACCUCCAGCUGGCUCUCAACUUCACGGCGCACAUCGCCUAUCGCAAAGGCAUCAUCCUCUUCAUCAGCCGCAACCGCCAAUUUGGCCACCUGGUAGAGAGCACGGCCCGGGAGUGCGGGGAGUACGCCCACACCCGCUACUGGCAGGGCGGCCUGCUCACCAAUGCCCACAUCCAGUUCGGGCCUGGCGUCCGCCUGCCCGACCUCGUCAUCUUCCUCAGCAGCCUCAACAACGUCUUCCAACCCCACGUGGCCAUCCAGGAUGCUGCCAAAAUGAACAUCCCCACGGUGGGGGUGGUGGACACAAACUGCAACCCCUGCCUGAUCACCUACCCCAUCCCCGGGAACGAUGACAGCCCCACUGCCAUGGAGCUCUACUGCAAGCUUUUCAAGAUGACCAUCAUCCGUGCCAAGGACAAGAGGAAGCAGAACGAGGUCUUCUACGAGCUGCAGAGCAAAGCGGAGGGCGCUUAGAGCUGCUUUGCGCUCACACUGGCUUAGGGACAGAAGUGACCGUGCCCAGCAGCUUGAUGCAUCCUCCCUGCUGAUGAGGGGCACAAGGAGAUGGGGCGUCCUGCUCUGCUUCUGCAGGUGCUGCGGGUCUGAUCCUGCACCUGGAGCAUCGCUGCUGCCUUUUGGCAGAGCUGGGCUGGGUGCCAGAAGGGACCCCUCAGCUCAGUCAGCGUGCAGGGAUCCUGCAGCAGAGUCUGCUGCAGAGGAUGUGCCUGUGAAGGGACUUCCCUGCUCCAUUCUCCAGCCCAAAUAACAGCUGGCCAGAGUGAUCCAAGGGGAGAGGGAGCAGGGCCUGUCCUAAUUCCUUUCCUUGCAUUUGUCCCCGUUGCAAGGAGACACUUCUGUCCUGUGGCCUUCUUCUUUCUGAGCUUGUGGUGUUGUAUGAAACCACAUUUCUCCUUGACAUGGCAAAUAAAGUGGUCUUUUAUCCUUUUUCUUCCUUCCCUUGGGGAAGGAUGAGAAAUCUCUCAAA